AUAAUCUUCACAACUAAAGGCAAGUAUAGUUUAUUAGAAAAACGUCUCAUUCAAUAGUUGGUAGAGAUAGUUUUAAAAGAUCACAUUACUUCUCUAUCACACAGUGUAGAAAAGUGAAAACUUAUGCAACACUUCAGGUAGAGAGAGAAGGACAGUGAUAGCUUAGUUAUAAUUAAAGACCCCCAAAAUCCAAAUAGAAUCUUCUCUUAAUAAGCUAUUGAAAAAAAUAUUCACAAAAAAUAAAAAAGCAUAUUUCCUUUUGCUUGCAUCACGAGAGCUUUUGUCUCUGUUUACAUUUAUGUGCCUAUAUAAGCCUAGAGAAUCCACCGUUAUCGGAAUACUCGUUGUCUUUCAUGAUCUCAACAUAAACAAGACAAAACGCUUUUGUCUCUUUGUCUAAAUCUACGAGAGGAACGAAGAGAAGACAAAAGUAUCGAAUAUUCUUAUAAAUCUUUCAUAAAUCAGAAGAAGAUUCAAAAAUAAACAAAUAAAAAGAUCAAAUGGAGAGUCUCGUACAUAUUCCUCCCGGUUAUCGAUUCCAUCCGACCGAUGAAGAACUCGUUGACUAUUAUCUCAAGAACAAAGUUGCAUUCCCGGGAAUGCAAGUUGACGUUAUCAAAGAUGUUGAUCUCUACAAAAUUGAGCCAUGGGACAUUCAAGAGUUAUGUGGAAGAGGGACAGGAGAAGAGAGGGAAUGGUAUUUCUUUAGCCACAAGGACAAGAAAUACCCAACUGGGACACGAACCAAUAGAGCAACUGGCUCCGGAUUUUGGAAAGCAACGGGUCGAGACAAGGCCAUAUACUCGAAGCAAGAGCUUGUUGGUAUGAGGAAGACUCUUGUGUUUUACAAAGGUAGGGCCCCGAAUGGUCAGAAAUCCGAUUGGAUAAUGCACGAAUACCGUCUCGAGACCGAUGAAAAUGGACCACCUCAUGAGGAAGGAUGGGUGGUUUGCCGCGCUUUCAAGAAGAAACUAACCACAAUGAAUUACAACAAUCCAAGAACAAUGAUUGGAUCAUCAUCUGGCCAAGAAUCUAAUUGGUUCGCGCAGCAAAUGGAUGUGUCUAAUGGUAAUUACUAUCAUCUUCCUGAUCUAGAGAGUCCAAGAAUGUUUCAAGGCUCAUCAUCAUCAUCAAUAUCAUCAUUACACCAGAAUGAUCAAGACCCUUAUGGUGUCGUACUAAGCACUAUUAACGCAAAUUCUGCAACCACAAUAAUGCAACGAGAUGAUGGUCAUGUGAUUACCAAUGAUGAUGAUCACAUGAUCAUGAUGAACACAAGUACUGGUGAUCAUCAUCAAUCAGGAUUACUAGUCAAUGAUGAUCAUAAUGAUCAAGUAAUGGAUUGGCAAACGCUUGAUAAGUUUGUUGCUUCGCAGCUAAUCAUGAGCCAAGAAGAGGAAGAAGUUAACAAAGAUCCAUCAGAUAAUUCUUCGAAUGAAACAUUUCAUCAACUCUCUGAAGAGCAAGCUGCAACAAUGGUUUCGAUGAAUGCCUCUUCCUCUUCUUCUCCAUGUUCCUUCUACUCUUGGGCUCAAAAUACACACACGUAAGAUCAAUCCUCAAAACGUGUGUUAUAGUUAAUUCAUGAGGCCAUGCUUAUUGAUUACAAAUCAUACAUAUAUGUCUUAACGAUUACUGAUUAUAAUUUUACACGAAAAUUGUUUAUUUAUUAUGAUGUAACUUUAUAGUUUUAUGAGAUAUAUAAUAUAAACUUU